AGGUCGUGGAGGCGGGGGCAAUUGUUGAAUGAAGGUUAUUUUCUGUGUUUGCACAGAAAACCCCGGUUCGAGAGAUUCACAUAUUCCAAUGUAACAUUAAAUCCAUGAAAGAGGAGGAGCCGACACUCGUUUGUUUACAGAUUAGGCUACACGAUGUGGACAGCGGUGACUCUGCAGCGCGAGGACGAGAUUGAGUUGAGGUUGGCGAGCAGCAGACGUUUUCACAGGUUGAUUUACAUUUUUCACGGAGCAGGAAAGCAAAAGUGAAAUAUUUUCCGGCGUCAUCAUUUCCACUGUAAAUAGGCAGCGUGGACACCUGCUUUAAAUCAUGAUAAAUAAAUAAAACGUGCCUGUCCUUUCACUAUACAACCGAUUUUAUAGCAGCACUUCAGCACUUCGGAUACUGAAUUUGGUGCUGUGACUUGACUUUGCCUACAAUUACUGGAAGAACAGAGCAGAAAGAAUCCUACUUUUUAUUUUCUAUAGACCGACCUUGUCAAUCAAUAGGCUACUGUCGCUGUCUGAUGCAUGAGCGAUGCACCCAGAACACAACAGUAACCCCUCUACUGGACAGGAUAAAAUGGGGGUCAACGGGAAAGGAGAAAAUCGGACCGAGGAGGAAGUAUCGAGCGGAGAGCCGCCGACCGAAAACUGUGAUGAGGCUACUGCUGACUCUGAAAUUGAGCAGAACGGUGGUUCUCCCCAAGACCGAGAGAACCAGCAAGCACAGAAGAACCAGGGACAGGACCUGGGAGAUAGCGAAUGCAAGAUUCCACAUGAGGACAGUACUAUCCAGCUCAUCGAGGCUGGAUGUCUCGAUUGUAAACCCGGUGUGUCCCCGGAUUCUCAGUCCCCGGCACCGAUGCCAGGGCAGUGCCCCGGGUUCGUACCACCCGAGGGCGGGUUCGGCUGGUUAGUUGUUUUCGCUGCUACCUGGUGUAAUGGAUCCAUAUUCGGGAUACAGAACUCCUUCGGUAUCCUCCACAUGAUGCUGGUGAAAGACCACGCAGACCCCAAUGACAAUACGUCGCAGUUUAAAGUAGCCUGGGUGGGGGCCCUGGCGAUGGGUAUGAUCUUCUUCUGUUCCCCGGUGGUCUCCAUGUUCACCGAUCACUUCGGCUGCAGGAAGACAGCUGUGGGCGGGGCCACCGUGGCCUUCAUCGGACUCCUCAGCACUGCCUUCGCAAAGUCCCUCAGCCUGCGGUAUUUCACCUAUGGGAUCCUGUUUGGAUGUGGCUCGUCCUUUGCCUUCCAGCCCUCCCUGGUGAUCCUGGGCCACUACUUCCGGCGGCGGCUUGGCCUGGCCAACGGCGUGGUGACGGCUGGCAGCAGCCUGUUCUCCAUGGGCCUCCCAGUGCUGCUCACCAAGGUGGCGGAGCCGCUGGGCCUCAGAAGUACCUUCCAGAUCCUCAGCCUCUUCAUGCUGGUCCAGGCCCUGCUGGCCCUGACCUUCAGACCCCUGCUGCCCCAGAGAGCUCCAAUGGGACCACCAGGACCAGGGGGCCCUGUCGGGUCAACGCCUCAGCAAGGAGCCACUGCCCGUGGCAGCCGCUGGAGCAGGGCGCUGAUCCAGGUCAGGAAGGCCUUUAACCUGAAGGUGUUCCACAUCGUCACCUACCGGGUGUGGGCGUUCGGGGUUGCUACGGCCGUGCUGGGUUACUUUGUGCCCUACAUCCACUUGAUGAACUUUGUGAAAGAGCAGUUCAAGGAGACCCAGAAAGAGUGGAUCUUGUUGGUGUGUAUAGGAGCCUCAUCUGGCGUGGGGCGCCUCCUCUUCGGAAAAGUAGGAGACCUCAUUCCCGGAGCCAAGAAGAUCUGGAUGCAGUCGGUGUCGUUCAUGGUGCUGGGGCUGAUGUCCAUGAUGAUCCCCCAGUGCACUGUGUUCGAGGGGCUGAUUGUGGUGUGUGUGUUCCUGGGGCUGUGUGACGGCUGCUUCAUCACCAUCAUGGCUCCCAUAGCCUUUGAGCUGGUUGGCCCCAUGCAGGCCUCCCAGGCUAUAGGAUACCUACUGGGACUCAUGGCCCUGCCCAUGACUGCAGGACCCCCCAUCGCUGGACUCCUGCAUGACUACUGUGGUGAUUACAAUGUGGCCUUCUACCUGGCAGGGGGCCCUCCCAUCGUGGGGGGCAUGGUGCUGUUCUUUGUGCCCCUGAUACACCGACGGCAACAGAGAGCCCUUGAGGGCCAGGGUGGGGGGCCGGAGGACCCCAGCACAGAUCACAUGCUGCCCCCGGCAGGAGGCCCCAAGGGCUGCUCUAACGGAGAAAUGCUACCUGGAUACACCGACGUGGAGACACACAUUUGAGUAGCACUACACUAAGGAAUUCUAUUCACCAGCACCUGAGAUCUGACCGUCCCUGCACCUCCUCCUUUCCCCUGACCCCUGGCCCCUAACCACGGACUACCUGCUGAUGUACCUCUCAACCUCUGACACAGUUUCUAUAGGAACCCUCCUCCUGUCUAUAGGAAGCCCCCUCCUCUCUGAAUGCCUUUAGUUCCUUAUAGGGAUCCCUGUGGUCAAGGAGAGAAGGGGAGAAGGUUUUUUGCCCUCUGAAGAAAAGGAGGAACACAUCGCUGACCAACCUUGAACGAAGAGACAAUUGGCAUUAUCAUAGGAUCUGGGCGUCACACAAUCCAAAACAGUGUUCUCUUUCCCUGUGGCUUUAAGCUCAUCUAAAAUGGGAAUCCACACAAUAGGUGUGUACCAUUCAGAGCCGGGCACCUGGAAGAAAUCAUUUUUUAAAUCCUAUAGUGUCUGGAGUCAGAGUAUGUCAAUUAUUUAAUAUGCUUCAGUAGGUUUUUAAAUGACAGAUUAUUCAGAAAGAUAAAUAGUAGUAGAGUAAUUGAAUGGAGUACUUUGUUCUACUCUGUCUAGACCACAAGCAUCUCACACUUUGUUUCAUAGGUUCCUUCUGUCUCUAGGUGUUUCAUUAGAUAGGUCUAGGGAAUGACAUAGGAAAGAUUUCAGUUAUUAUGACGACUUAUUGCAGUUACAUUUUACAAGUCUCAGUUUAUUUUGUUUAUGAUAGACCAAGGAAGAACACAUAUCUGUUUCAGUUGUGUAUUAUACGAUAGGUCUCCAUGGUGAUUCCCCCUUGGAAAAGCCACUAAAACAGUCACCUCAACCACAUACGUCCUUAUGCAGUUUUUCCAUAUGUAACCCGUGCCACGAUGGAGCUACAGAUGGAGCUACAGAUGGAGAGCGCCAGACCAAACACAACAGAUUAUUUACCAGCUUCACACUUUGUAGUCUUAAAUCUAUUUUUUUAACAGUUAUAUUUCUAAGACUUUAAGUCAAUCAAAUUUGAAUUGAAACUAAAUACACCUCUCUGAGAUGUUUUGCCAAAUUUUUAUUUACUCUGCAGAUUUGUUUUUAUUGUUUUAAGUUUCUACUGUUUUUCAUUCGUUUUUACCGUCUGUUUCUUACAAUGGCAUUGUGAUCUUGUUAUUCAGAUGGGGGUGAAUCCUGACUUCCACUUUGAGACUCCCAUUGACGUCAAUGUAUGACUACGUGAAAAUUCUACUUAAGUGAAAGUUUUACUUAAUAAAUGAAAGUUAGGAUUCUCCCCAUUGUCAGUCAAGAAUUGAGCCAUAGAUCUCGAUGGUCCGUGGUCUGAAAUCUAGUGGUGCUAAUAAUGAUAAUUAUUAUCAUCCACUGAUAUGAUAAUUAUUAUUAUCCACUGAUAUACAGUUGUUGAGAAAUAAGACACUGGCAGUUUAUUAGAAAGAAAAAUAACCUUUAGUCUGCCAGAUUUUUUGCAAACAAUCUAAAUCUAUUUUAAGGGCAUUGAGCUUAAUUUUGAAUUGAAAGGCCAUCGUUUUUGCUGUGUGUGUGUGUUAGUUAGGGCAUUGGGCCACAGACCACAGAAUGAUUGCCAUUACAUACAUGCACUCAUUGGCUAUAUCCUUUUUUUCAGCCUGGUCCACAUCAAACAUCUUUGUUGAUGAGUUUGCUGCUUCUUAUCUUCAGAUGACAGCAUACUGUUUGUUGGGUUCAUACGUCGUCACGGUAAUAACCAGAUACUGCCUCAUGGAGAUUCUCACUCUAGUAGAGAAAUUCAUUAAAUUGCAGUUGAUGUUAUGUUUUUUAAAUGUUAAACGGACCACUUACCUCCUUGAGAUGACAUUUUCCGCAUGACAGAAUGGUUGAAUCGGCGUGUCCCAAAUCUCACCCUUUUCCCUAUAUAGUGCUCUAUGGUCACUGGUCAAAAGUACUGCACUAUUAAGAGAGUAGAAUGCCAUUUGGGACACAUUCUAGGCCUAAUGUAGGACAGAGAGGGAAACAGAGAGAGGACGUCAAUACCUCAGUAAUCUAGUUAAAUAUGUUGGCAUUCUUCAAAUCAUGACAUCAUACUUCCAAGUGAAAUGAAAAGGUUGCUAUUUUAUUUUACUACAGCUGUUAGCUUCAGCGCCACGGAGCUGAACAUACUGCCAAAAACCCUAUUCUCAAACUACAAUGCUUCACUCCACCUGUGUGUGUGUCUGUCUGUGCGUUCACUGUGUGUGUGUCUAUGUGUGUGUGUGCACUCAGAUUUCUGAGAUUUGCCUUCCCUCUCCCACAUCUGGCUGUGAUCCAUACUUUUGAAAGUCUUUAUUUUUCCUUCCUGCUUCUCUAAAUGUCCUUCCCUCUGACAGUUCAGUCCCUGCCAUAUAAUAUAGAUAUGAUCAUUAUGGUCCUUGCCUCCUUUAAGGCUGCAGACUGAGUGGACUACUCUGACUGUUACCUCAUUAAGUUCCUCCGUCUCUUCUCUCUUCUGUUGAUCCCACCUCCAUGCUGCUCCUAUAUCUCCUACAGCUGUUCUGAGAGCCCGCUAGCUCACCGUGCAUUGUCAUCCUUAGACUAUAGAUGGAAAGAGGAAACCUUGUUUGAUCAGCAAGCUGUAAUACAAAAUGUACUUUUUGAUAAUUCAUUUUGAUCGUUCUCCUAUAGUUGGUCAGAGAGCUUGCUGGCUCUAGCCUGGUUAAACCAGAUUCAACCAUUGUGAGUGCAGCAUUCAGUCUGGUCUACCAGGCUAUGCUCCUGUCUCACCACGCAUCCUUAUACUGUAGAGAUGCAGAGUAAACUGUUCUGUUUGCUCGUUGUAAGCAAACACUACAAGAUGUACUUUUGAUCAUUCUCUUGUUUAGUUUGGCACGUGUCAUUGUUCUGUUUGUGUUUUGAUGAGAUGGGGUAUUGAGAUAUUUGAUUUUUAACUACUGAGAUAGAAACAUAUUUGGACAGGAGUGGUUAAUGACUGAUAGUGAAACAUGCAGCCUUCAUGGUGUUGUUUGCUUAACCAAUGUUUGGCUAUUCAAAGUCCUGUUGUCUCUGCAGCCUUGGUGGCCCAGCGGGGACAGUGUUUUCUGAGUGGGCACUAGUGCAGAUUGCACCCUAAAUGUCUAGGCCCAGUACCAGUUCAAGGAACGGUCACAGAUCGGGUCACAUAGGCUUACAUGUACACUAUGAGAGUAGAAUCUCAUCAUAAAUCUACAUAUUUACACAGCUUAAAUAACUACAUUUUUAAAUUGUAUGUUUCCUAAUAUUGUUGAUGUUUUAAUUGUAUCUCACCCUAUAGCAGCCAUAGCAUUCUGAACCCGAGUGAUCUUUUGGGAGUUUUCUCCCAUUUUCCUUUGUCAAGAUGUCAUUUUUUUGUCCAAUCCAGCCCAGUGUGUGUGAGACAGGGCUGUCAGAUGCAGUCCUCUUUUUAUUACAUCAUUGGGCUGGUGUACACCAUGUCUGUGUCUCAAAUGGGACCCUAUUCCCUAUAUAGCGGACUACAUUUGACCAGAGCCCUAUAGACCUUGGUAUUUUUUAUAUAUACACUAUAUAGGGAAUAGGGUGCCAUUUUGGACGUAUCCCUUGUCUUUAUACUUCUGACCCCACUUAUCUACCCUACCUACAGUCUCUUCUUAUAUAGCUUUUGCUGUAUCACCCAUAGACUGUACACCACCCUGACUGUAUCGCUCGUAGACUGGUCAUCACCCUGACUGUAUCACGUGUAGACUGCACAUCACCCUGACUGUAUCACCCAUAGACUGUACAUCACCCUGAUUGUAUCACCUGUAGACUGUACAUCACUCUGACUGUAUCACCCUUAGAAUGAGCAUCACCCUAGCUGCAUCACCCGUAGCCUGUACAGUUGAAGUCGGAAGUUUACAUACACCUUAGCCAAAUACAUUUAAACUCCGUUUUUCACAAUUCCUGACAUUUAAUUCUAGUAAAAAUUCCCUGUCUUAGGUCAGUUAGGAUCACCAUUUAUUUUGAGAAUGUGAAAUGUCAGAAUAAUAGUAGAGAGAAUGAUUUAUUUCAGCUUUAAUUUCUUUCAUCACAUUCCCAGUGGGUCAGAAGUUUACAUGCACUCAAUUAGUAUUUGGUAGCAUUGCCUUUUAAAUUGUUUAACUUGGGUCAAACUUUUUGGGUAGCCUUCCACAAGGCACAUUCCUCCUGACAGAGCUGGUGUAACUGGGUCAGGUUUGUAGGCCUCCUUGCUCGCACAUGCUUUUUCAGUUCUGCCCACACAUUUUCUAUGGGAUUGAGGUCAGGCCUUUGUGAUGGCCACUCAAAUACCUUGACUUUGUUGUCCUUAAGACAUUUUGCCACAACUUUGGAAGUAUGCUUGGGGUCAUUGUCCAUUUGGAAGACCAAUUUGCGACCAAGCUUUAACUUCCCGACUGACGUCUUGAGAUGUUGCUUCAAUAUAUUCACAUAGUUUUCCUGCCUCAUGAUGCCAUCUAUUUUGUGAAGUGCACCAGACCCUCCUGCAGCAAAGCACCCCCACAACAUGAUGCUGAAACCCCUGUGCUUCACAGUUGGGAUGAUGUUCUUCGGCUUGCAAGCCUCCCCCUUUUUUCUCCAAACAUGACGAUGGUCAUUAUGGCCAAACAGUUCUAUUUUUAUUUCAUCAGACCAGAGGACAUUUCUCCAAAAUGUAUGAUCUUUGUCCCCAUGUGCAGUUGCAAACCGUAGUCUGGCUUUUUUAUGGCGGUUUUGGAGCAGUGGCUUCUUCCUUGCUGAGUGACCUUUCAGGUUAUGUCGAUAUAGGACUUGUUUUACUGUGGAUAUAGAUACUUUUGUACCUGUUUCCUCAAGCAUCUUCACAAGGUGGUUCUGGGAUUGAUUUGCACUUUUCACACCAAAGUACGUUAAUCUCUAACCGACUUGGCAAAACAAUAGUUUGUUAGCAAGAAAUGUAUGGAGUGGUUGAAAAACAAGUUUUAAUGACUCCAACCUAAGUGUAUGUAAACUUCCAACUUCAACUGUACAUCAUCCUGGCUGUAUCACCUGUGGACUGUACAUCACCCUGGCUGUAUCACCCGUAGACUACAUCACCCUGACUGUAUCACCUGUAGACUACAUCACCCUGGCUGUAUCACCUGUAGACUGUAUAUCACCCUGACUGUAUCACCUGUAGACUGUAUAUCACCCUGACUGUAUCACCCAUAGACUACAUCACCCUGACUGUAUCACCCAUAGACUACAUCACCCUGACUGUAUCACCUGUAGACUACAUCACCCUGACUGUAUCACCUGUAGACUACAUCACCCUGACUGUAUCACCUGUAGACUACAUCACCCUGACUGUAUCACCUGUAGACUACAUCACCCUGACUGUAUCACCUGUAGACUACAUCACCCUGACUGUAUCACCUGUAGACUGUACAUCACCCUGACUGUAUCACCUGUAGACUACAUCACCCUGACUGUAUCACCCGUAGACUACAUCACCCUGACUGUAUCACCUGUAGACUGUACAUCACCCUGACUGUAUCACCUGUAGACUACAUCACCCUGACUGUAUCACCCAUAGACUACAUCACCCUGACUGUAUCACCUGUAGACUACAUCACCCUGACUGUAUCACCUGUAGACUACAUCACCCUGACUGUAUCACCUGUAGACUACAUCACCCUGACUGUAUCACCUGUAGACUACAUCACCCUGACUGUAUCACCUGUAGACUGUACAUCACCCUGACUGUAUCACCUGUAGACUACAUCACCCUGACUGUAUCACCCGUAGACUACAUCACCCUGACUAUAUCACCUGUAGACUACAUCACCCUGACUGUAUCACCUGUAGACUGUACAUCACCCUGACUGUAUCACCUGUAGACUGUACAUCACCCUGACUGUAUCACCUGUAGACUACAUCACCCUGACUGUAUCACCUGUAGACUACAUCACCCUGACUGUAUCACCUGUAGACUACAUCACCCUGACUGUAUCACCUGUAGACUGUACAUCACCCUGACUGUAUCACCCGUAGACUACAUCACCCUGACUGUAUCACCUGUAGACUGUACAUCACCCUGACUGUAUCACCUGUAGACUGUACAUCACCCUGACUGUAUCACCUGUAGACUACAUCACCCUGACUGUAUCACCUGUAGACUACAUCACCCUGACUGUAUCACCUGUAGACUACAUCACCCUGACUGUAUCACCUGUAGACUGUACAUCACCCUGACUGUAUCACCCGUAGACUACAUCACCCUGACUGUAUCACCUGUAGACUACAUCAUCCUGACUGUAUCACCUGUAGACUACAUCACCCUGACUGUAUCACCUGUAGACUACAUCACCCUGACUGUAUCACCUGUAGACUACAUCACCCUGACUGUAUCACCUGUAGACUGUACAUCACACUGACUAUCACCUGUAGACUACAUCACCCUGACUGUAUCACCUGUAGACUGUACAUCACCCUGACUGUAUCACCUGUAGACUGUACAUCACCCUGACUGUAUCACCUGUAGACUGUACAUCACCCUAACUAUCACCUGUAGACUGUACAUCACCCUGACUGUAUCACCUGUAGACUGUACAUCACCCUGACUGUAUCACCUGUAGACUGUACAUCACCCUGACUGUAUCACCUGUAGACUGUACAUCACCCUGACUGCUGCUCUUGUUUAAUCUUUUAACUAAUCUCUCCCUCUGUUAUCUUUUGCACAUGUUUCUGCCUACAUUUCCAUCACAACUCUCACCUCAGACUCUCUACCAACUGUCAGCAAUCUGUUCCUGAACCUCCACUUUUCAGAUAUAUUUUUAGUUGUAUUUUUUCAAGAAAUGUUAUAACAAUAGGAAUCACAAGGUUUGAAAUUAAGACUUAUGCUGCUGGAUAAACGUAAUUUUUUUUGGUGAAGUUAUUUUGGAUCUGUAGUAAAACACAAUUUGUUAUUGUUUUGUAUUAAACCAACAAUAAAUGUUUAAUAUGAUGAGAA